UUCGUUUUUACGUAUUUAGUUUUUCAACAAUUACAUCUUGUUAAGAGUUUCGAGACAAAAAAUGAACUUAUCGUUACAGGAUCCAUUCUCGGUGGCAAAGGAGUAUCCGGAUACUCUUAACCAGACGUUACAAUAUGGGCAUUCUGUUGUGAUUCAGUUCAAUAACAAGGGAGAUUACUUAGCGUCCGGGUUGAGUGAUGGGACGAUUGUGAUUUACGAUUUGACUAGUAAUGGGAGUAUAAUAGCGAUACUUAACGGCCACAUACGGCCUAUUAGCUCGAUAAGCUGGUCGAGCUGCGGUCGGUACUUACUCUCAAGCUCGCAGGAUUGGUAUGUUAUACUAUGGGACUUGCAAAAAGUUAACCAGGAAGAGGAGACCAUAACGCCAGUGAUCCGGAAAAUCAAGUUUGACGGGCCCAUCUGGUCGUCGAUGUUGAACCCUCAAGAACCCUUUGAGUUUGUUGCCUCGCUUUUCGAAGAUGAUCCGGUUUAUGUUAAUAUGAAAGAUGCAGAUGAGAUCAAGAUCCAUAAAUUGGGUACUACUCCGUUAAAUGAAGGGGAUAUGGGUAAACACGUUACCUUGGUUGUGAUAUUUACUCCUGGAGGCGGAGAGUUUAUAUUUAGUGGGACUAGUAAAGGAUGGAUUAAUAUAUUUCGUACUAAAGAUUUAAAAAUGGUUCAUUCAUUCAAAAUAGCCAAUUCUAAUAUUAAAACACUAAUGAUUCUGAUGAACGGACGUAAACUAGCCGUCAACUCUUCGGAUAGAAUCAUACGACAGAUCAAUUUACCCGAUCUUGCCAACGAAAAUGAAGAAUGGGAAUUUGAAGUUGAACAUAAGUAUCAAGACGUGGUGAAUAAAUUACAGUGGAAUACGGUAAGUUUCAACCACAACGCCGAAUUUUUGGUUGCGUCUACAUUCGGACAAUCGCUGCAAGAUCUUUACGUCUGGGAAACCAGUCUAGGAUCGUUGAUUAAGAUUUUAGAAGGAAGUCCAGAAGAACUCAUUGACGUCAAAUGGAACUAUUACCGAUGCAUGAUUGGAUCUACCGGCUUGGACAGCGGCGCCGUUUACCUUUGGCUGAUCAAGUUCCCGCAAAAAUGGAGUGCUUUGGCUCCCGAUUUUGUGGAAAUUGAAGAAAAUAUCGAAUACGAAGAAAAAGAAGACGAAUUCGAUAUCAUCGACGAAGAUCUCCUCAUCAAGAAAAGAUUGGAGGAAGAAGACUUGUCCGUUGAUAUCACCACUCCAGAAACAGUAGAUGCCAGAGGCUUUGACGUCACCUUAACCCUGUUUGUCAUUCCGGUCAACUACUACCGUAAUCUCGAGGAUAAAUCGGUUGUUGCAAAUUAACCAUCCUCUCACGUCACUACAAACUCUACCACGAAUCCACCGAGUCAACAGCAAAACCAUACUCACCAGUCACCACGCUACUCGACCAAGACCCUGGCUGACUACAACUACAUAGUUCUAUUUAUAAUCUCACUAAAGGCAAAUUUUGCUGACUCAAUCUGUAGAUUUUAAUUGGAUAGUUGCAAUAUGCACGCAUUCCCACGUCCACGUCUAUUCCCAAGUCCACGUCCACGUCCACGUCUACGUAUGCCAGUUCCCAGUCGCUUCGGGUGCUCUCCAUCUACACAGCGUCUUCCAACCCCCCCGAACUGCUCUACCCUUGGAACACCACCACCUUCCGAGUUCGAACCGGCAUUUCUGUCGUUUUGGCUGUUCAUUUCGCCAAUUUUUCCUCGUUCUCAAAAAUUUUCAUUCACUCAAUUUUUUUUUUUGUUUUUU